AUGAUCUGCAAAACUCAGAAGCUUAACAACGGAAACGAGAUGCCCACUGUGGGUCUUGGAACAUGGGGGCUGGAGGACGAGGAAGUUCUUGAAUGCUCAAUAAGAAACGCGCUCGAUAUGGGAUAUAGGCACAUAGACACUGCAUUUAUAUACGGUAAUGAAAAGAUUAUAGGAAACAUUCUAAGGAAACUGUUUAAAGAAGGUGUAGUGCAAAGAAAAGAUCUGUUCAUAACCUCGAAGCUUUGGAAUACUUUCCACGGAUGCCCUGAGGAUGCGUUGAGAAAUACAUUGAAUGACCUUCAGACAGACUACGUGGACUUGUAUCUUAUCCAUUGGCCUGUAGCACUCGAUCCGGCACCCGACGGUACUGUAGAGUCUUUCGGAAAAAAAUACAGUGUUGGGAAGUUUAACCCGGUCUCUCUGUGGAAGAAGAUGGAGAAACUUGUUGACCUUGGCCUAGCAAAGUCGAUUGGGAUAUCGAAUUUCGGCAAAGACAACACAGAGAAGAUUCUCCAGGAAUGCAGAAUCCUCCCGGCAGUGGCUCAAAUUGAACUACAUCCAUACUUGAACCAGAAGGAACUUGUGGAAUUCAUGAAGUCCAAGAAUAUCCAAGUUGUAAGCUAUUCGUCCCUUGGAUCGGCAUCGGACUCACCCCUGAAGGUUCGAGAUGACGAGACCAUCAAGAGCAUAGCCAGGAAAUACGAAUGCACUCCGUCCCAAGUAAUACUCAGUUACAUUACUUCCCAGGGGAUUUGUGUGAUUCCAAGGAGUAAGUCUAAGGAACAUCUGAAAGAAAACAUCGACCUGAAAGAGUUGUCGAAGGAAGAUAUCUCUGCCAUUGAUGCCCUCGACAGAGGACACAGGUAUAUCGAUCCUACCAGAUUUGGGCCUGACAGAUUCCUAUAA